CUCUCAAGUACUUAAAUGAGAACCCCGCGUCCGCUCCCUCACGUAUGAGCUUCCUGGUCUUCCAAAUAUCAUCCAAAUACCCAAUCGAAAGCUCUAUUUGAUUUGUCGGCCUCUCUUGGUUCUGGUUAUCUGCCCCGGAACAACAAACACACAAACAGAACCCAGAACACCGUAACAUCCCUUCCCGUCGUUGCCAACAUGGUUCUCACCGGACACUGCCUCUGCAAGGCCGUCACCUACACUGUCGAUGUUGAUGCGCCCUUGAUCACUGGGUACGAUCAUUGCGAUGAUUGCCAGCGUCAAUCGGGCUCGACCUACUCCCUCGUGUGCGUCGUCCCAAAGGACAAAUUGACUCUGAACGGCCCGGUCAAGAAGUGGAAGGGUGUGGGCUCCUCGGGCCAAGCCGUCUGGCGACUGUUCUGCUCCGACUGCGGAUCCCCAAUUGCCCACGACCCCGAUGCCGCACCCGAGAUCAUUGCCCUCAAGGGUGGCACCCUCGACUCUGAGAUCAAGAAGAACCUGAAGCCUGACACCGAGAUCUGGACUGUCGGCAAGCUGCCCUUCUGCCAGGAGAAGCUUGCGAAGCCAUUCGAACACAUGCCGCAAUAGAAGCCUCCACAACAGUAGCGGUGCUUGUGAAUUGAAACUGGUAUCAAGAGAACUGGUCGUCCCACAAGGCAAAAAUGAUGAAAAAUGGAAAAUACAGAAAGGUACAUUAUAUAGGCUUCAACCAAGACAACUCCGUCCCCUUUCUCUAAG